AUGACUUCCACUGAGGAGAUUGACAACACCAUCACCCGCCCCGGCAGCGUCAAGAUCAACGUCAAGGGCGCCUUCAUCGUCGACCCGGACACCUCGACCCCUGCGCCCACCAACAGCACCGCCAAUGGAUACAUCAACGGGCGACAUAGUCCCUCGCACCACGAGACGAGCGACAUUCGACUGCCGAACCAUACUGCCGUUGUCAGCCACAUAGCUGUCGAUAUUGGAGGCUCCCUCAUCAAACUCGUCUACUUCUCCCGCGAGGUCGACUCGACCGACCCAGGCGGCCGCCUCAACUUCCAGAACUUUGAGACCGACCGGAUAGCCGACUGCGUCGAGUUCAUGCGCCACCUGCGCGACAAGCAGCUCGCCCUCAACGGCUCCGCGCCCAGCGAGCUCUGCGUCAUGGCCACCGGCGGCGGCGCCUACAAGUUCUACGACAUGAUCCGCGACGCGCUCGGCGUCGACGUCCUGCGCGAGGACGAGAUGGAGUGCCUCAUCAUCGGCCUCGACUUCUUCAUCACCGAGAUUCCCCGCGAAGUCUUCACCUACUCGGACACGGAGCCGAUGCACUUUGUCGACCCCCACGACAACAUAUACCCCUACCUGCUGGUCAACAUCGGCUCCGGCGUGUCCAUGCUCAAGGUGACGGGCCCGCGCUCGUACCAGCGCGUCGGAGGCACGUCGCUCGGCGGCGGCACCCUGUGGGGGCUGCUGUCGCUGCUGACCGGGGCGCGCAGCUUCGACGACAUGCUCUCGCAGGCGGAGCACGGCGACAAUGCAAAGGUGGACAUGCUCGUCGGUGACAUUUACGGCACCGACUAUGGCAAGAUUGGCCUCAAGAGCACGACCAUUGCCUCCUCCUUUGGCAAGGUCUUUCGCAUGAAGCGCGAGGCCGAGGCCAUGACGGAAGACAUGGGCUCCAUCUGCUCCGACCACUCGGAGCAUCCCGACGACGAGGACAGGCCCAGAGCCGACGCUCACUCCAACGCACCGUUCUCCAGCGCGGAUAUCUCGCGGUCGCUGCUGUACGCCAUAUCCAACAAUAUUGGGCAGAUCGCCUAUCUACAGUCGCAGAUCCACAAUCUGUCCGACAUCUACUUUGGCGGGUCCUUCAUCCGGGGACACCGUCAGACAAUGAACACACUGAGCUACGCGAUCAAAUUCUGGAGUCAGGGCUCCAAGCAGGCGUAUUUCUUACGGCACGAGGGCUAUCUGGGCUCCGUUGGCGCGUUCCUCAAGAGACAGCCCCGGAACUGGGGCCGGCGCGCAAGUCUGGAGGGCAUGGAGCCGCCCGACAUCAAAGACAAGGAGGAGAAGAAGACGUGGGAGAGCAAGGCAUGA